AUGUGUGCCAAAGUAUCGAAUUUAUUCUUCACAAUAUGUGUAUUAGCAAGUGCGUGCGCCUUCCAGCAACAGUACUUUAGAGUAGUACCUCGAAGUCUUCGAGUACAAGAAGGAGCUGAAGCGGUGCUCGAAUGCGCUGUUGCUAAUUUAGCGGGUCAGGUGCAAUGGGCAAAGGAUGGAUUUGCACUAGGUUUCUCAUCAGUCAUACCUGGAUACCCUCGCUACACAAUGUUCGGUGACAGGCGGCAUGGUGUUUACAACCUUCGGAUAGUCAAUGCCACGCUAGAGGAUGACGCGGAAUACCAGUGUCAAGUUGGACCUGCUCAGAUGCACAAGGUUAUAAGAGCCAACGCUUCCCUGAACGUUAUAUCACCUCCAAACGCUGUAGAAAUAAUUAAUCACCCACCUAACUCCAAGCUAGAAGUCAAGGAAGGUGAAGACGUCACACUUGAAUGUCAAGUCAAGAAUGCUAAACCGGCCGCAAGGAUCGUGUGGUAUCGAGGAAACGUGGAAAUAAGAGGUGACAGAGUGUCCGGUGAAGAAGUAAAAGAAGUUGAGAGUCCAAAUGGAAACCCAAAGUUAACUCGGUACACAACAAUUUCGAGGGUUCACUUCAAGGCAUCAGCCGAUGACGACUACGCAGACUUCACAUGUGAAGCCAGACACGAAGCUUUGCAGAGGGAUGUGCCUAUGAGGAGCACUGUUCAACUCAGCGUGCUCUAUCCACCUGGCGCGCCGUACAUCGAGGGCUAUGCAGAAGGUGAAACAGUGAGGCGCGGACAAAGCUUGGAGCUCGUUUGCCGAAGUCGUGGAGGAAAUCCACCUGCCCAACUAAUUUGGUACAAGAACGGCGAGCAGAUUCGUAUGGCUUACAGAACUAGUGGACGGAUGUCAGAAAACGUGCUCUCUUUCAAAGCUGACGCCUCGGACAACAAAGCGCGUUACACGUGCGAAGCAAAGAACGUCAUGAUCAGCAACACGCUUAAAGCUGAAAUCGACCUAACUGUGCUUUUUGCACCAGCGCACGUCACAAUUUCUGGACCAUCGGAGGCUAGAGUGGGGGAUCCUGUACCCCUUACUUGCAGCACUGCACCAUCAAACCCAGCUGCUGAUAUCAAGUGGAUGGUGCGAGGCAAAUAUCACAUGGAAGCGAAUAAUCGGACUGUUAUAUCACCUGAAGGUGGAUGGGUCACGACCUCCAACAUCACCGUAGUGGUGGAACCUGGCUUAAAAUCUGUAGCAGUCGUAUGUCACGGUAUCAAUCCUCAACUUCCGGAGAACGUCGUGUCUACACACACUAUCAACGUGUUAUCAAGAUGGUGGAACAACGGGGUCGACUCUAUUAACAAUGUGCACAGCACGCGUUACCCUAAAGGACGUGCUCAGAAAUCAUAG